CUUGAGCUCUAUUGACUCUACACUCAUGAAGACAACGGCCCUAGGUGGAGUCCGGGGAUUUUUCAUCUGGGCUCUCUUGAUGAUCCCUCGGGAAUCACAAGCUAUCAAAGCGGACCAUGUGAUCAUCCAGGCCGAGUUCUACCAGAGCCCAGACCAAUCAGGCGAGUUUAUGUUUGACUUUGAUGGUGACGAGAUUUUCCACGUGGACAUGGGCAAGAAGGAGACCGUCUGGAGACUUAAGGAGUUUGAACGUUUUGCCAGCUUUGAGGCUCAAGGUGCCUUGGCCAACAUAGCUGUGGACAAAGCCAACCUGGACAUCAUGAAGAAACGCUCCAACAACACUCCCAUCGUCAAUGUACCUCCAGAAGUGACUGUGCUUUUGCACGACGUCGUGGAAGCUGAACAGCCCAACAUCCUCAUCUGUUUUGUUGACAAAUUCACCCCCCCGGUGCUCAAAGUCACCUGGCUUAAAAAUGGAGCACCCGUCACCACAGGAGUGUCCGAGACCGUCUUCCUGCCCAGGGACGACCACCUGUUCCGCAAGUUCUUCUAUCUCCCCUUCCUGCCCUCGGCAGAGGACUACUACGACUGCCAGGUGGAACACUGGGGUCUCGACACGCCGAUUCUCAAGCACUGGGAGUUUGAAGCACCAACGCCUUUCCCAGAGACAACAGAGAACGUGGUGUGCAUCCUAGGCCUGGUCGUGGGUCUGGUGGGCAUCAUCGUUGGUAGCCUCCUCAUCAUCAAGGGUGUCCGCAAAGGCAAUGCUGUUGAACGUCCCCGUGGGCCUCUGUGAAGCACCUGCAGAUUGUGGCCAUGAAGAUCAAUGGAGAAACGUCAGUGUUAACAGCUUUACAAAGUCAACAAUAGCCCAGCUAUUCACCUCAGUGAAGACAACCGUUCUUCAGCGCUUUGCAGUUGUAAUAUGAGCUCCAAAGGGGUGAUCCCUUCCCCUGAUCUUGCCGUUGUCUUCCAUCUAUCGGUCUAUUGCAACCUUCCUGUUUGUUUCCCCUCCAUGUUCUACUAUCGGUUUAAUGCCAUUCAACACCUCUGGAAGAGAUCCCAAUUGGUUCAUCCUCUGUUAUGGAACAUUUAAAACAUUCCACCACGGGGGCAUCUCCUGUGUGCAUCUUGUUUGAGAGUUCUCCAAAUUAUUUGUCUGUUUGUUUUCAUAAAUGCAAAAACUAUUGGGUGGGUAUUAGGGGGAAUUUUCAAUGUCUGAUCCAGUUCUUCACAGGGGAGGGGAAAAUAUGACUUCCUUCCAUCACAAAA